AUGUUGGACAAUAUCGACCCCGCCCUGCAGGAGCUGGGCAGGCAGAUGCUGCCCACGCUGCCCUCGCUGACCCAAGAGGAAGUCUCUAUGAUUUGGGGGAAUGUGGCAGAAUUUGUGGAACGGCAGUUAACUCUGCACAAGGGGGUUCAGAUUCCAGGACUUGGAAUUUUCACUUUCACAAGACAAAAGCUUGAGGUGGGAAACAACAAAUUUCUUCUAAUUCAAAGGCCCAUAUUUAUCGUGGCGGAGAAGUUAGUACAGCUCCAUGGACUCAAACAAAACAAAGUACAUACUCCUGGUGACAUCCCAAUUAUUCCACUUAAUUUUGUCAUGAUAUCUCUGGAGGGUCCAUUUAACAGGGAUAUAGUGGAAGGAUGUGUGAAGGAGACGUUGCUUUUUUUAUCGCGAUCCAUUUCUACCAAACAAAAUGUGGAGUUUACAUUCAAAGGAAUUGGGGUUCUUGUGAUCAGAAACAGCAAAGUGAAGAUGAAAUUUUAUAAGGACUUUCUUUGUGCCAUGGAUGGAAAGGGGACUUUGGUGAAAGCCCUAACAAAUAGGCCUGGCACUGUGGACUCAGUGUUGUCUAGCAGAGACGACCUUGGGAAGCGACCCUGCAGCGUGCUUGCAUUUCCAAGGAUUGAUCUCAAGGAGACAGAAAACAAAACAUCUAUACAGACCAUUGUAGAAGGAAAUGGAGAGAAUAGAGAAAGGAAGUUCAAGGUUAAAGACCAGUCAGACAAAGAAGAAGGCAUCAGAGAGAUCCUGUCACCCAAAAGACUUAGAGAUAGACAGGAUAUCUCUCCUGCCAAAGCGACAAGUGUUAACUUGCUGGACAAGCUUGAGCGGAGUGGGAGUGGUGGGAGGAAUGUGACCCCUGAGAGCUUAACAUCUUCAGGUUUUCUUAAAUCUGACAAUGAAAUGAAGUCCAAAACUUCUCCAGCUCCUGCUGCUUGUCAGGAUCAUAGUAAGGCAGGACAGGAAAUGUGCUAUGUAUGUCUGCAACGAGCACAGCGCAACUCCCCAUUGUACUAUAGUGAGGAGAGGAAAAGGAGAGAGAGAGAAGAUGAACGACUCAUACAGCAGUAUCAGCUGUUGAAAGAACAGGAGGCUGUCUUCAAACAGCAGAUGAAAAGUCUGGCUACUAGAGAACAGAAUCAGAAAAAUGCUGCCUAUAAUCUUGGAGUUGCUGAAGCUAUAAGAAACCACAAGAAUGAAAAACCUGAGUUUUAUAAAUCCUGUAUAUUUGAUAAGCGACCACUCAGUCCUGAGAUUAAUGCUCUUAAGCAAGAGGAAUAUUCCCAGAGUCUCCUGAAACAAAUAGAUAACAGAAGGGAAAAAGAAAGAAAGCAAAGACAAAACAGGGAAUUGAUGGACCGCCUAGAACAAGUGCAACUCACAGAGGAACUUGCUGCACAAAGAGCCCGAUAUUUGAAAGAUAAAAUGGAAGAAUCCCAGUGUUACAAGAGAGCUUUGGAUGCCCAGAUAAAGAACAAACCCGUCCAACUACCUGUGUUUGAGCCAGACUCUUCAGAACCCAUCUUUGGUAAGAACGGCAGCGAGCUGGCAAUGGAAAGAUUCAAUCGAGAACAGAGUUAUAUGAAGCACCAGCUGGAGGCAGCUGCUAGCCACAAGAGGAGAGCGAUUCUGAACCAACUGGUGGAUCAGAGGCAGGAUUUGCAAAUGUUGGAGAGGACACACAAAGAACACUUGGCAGACAGAGCUGCUGAACUGGAGCGAGUGAACAGAAUCAACCAAUGCUUACAGGAAGACUGGGAAAGGAGUGUUGCAAUGAAGAGGCAGCGGGACCUGGAGGAGAGGGCUUUUGAGAGGGCUUCCGACAAGCUGUUCCUCCUGGACCAAUGUGAGAAUUAUCGGCGCUGCAAGCAGUGCCAGAGGCGCACCUCCAAUGUGGGCCAGAGCAACCUGUGGCCCCUGAACAAGCACCUGUAUGGCUCUCGGUUGUUUGUGUAA